AUGACUAGUCUUAAGUCCCCGGUAUCUAUGGAAGACGUUCAAAGGACACCCAACUGGGAGGACGACAUCUCUCCUCUCAUCAAAGCGCCCUACUGGGUGACCAAGAAUCCCGAGGUAAUAGGUCAAAGGUGGAUAAACGAAAUGCUUUACUGGGGCAAAUGGGACCUUUCCAACUAUGACGACGUCAGGAAAAGGGCACUUGGUAUCUACAGACAUCUUCGCUCUAAGUCAAUGCCCGUAACUCGAAACCCAGAUCAUUAUUGGCCAGAGAGUGCUCUCGAGACAUUUCGCAUGUGGGCAAACAAUGGUUUCCCGCGAGACUCCGACUGUCAGCCUACAAAGACCUCUGUCCAAGUCAUUCCUGAGCCAAAUGACCCGCCGAUAACCUUCAGAGUGAGGAAAGACAUCAUGAGCCUGAGCCGCGAGGAACUCGUGGUUUACCAGGCCAAGCUAGACGACAUUCUCGGCGCUCGGGAACUAGGGUCUAAAUGGCAGGACUUGGGACUUCUUCAUGCAUACUGGUGUCUUCACUAUCAAGAAGCCACGUUCCUUUGGCAUCGAGCUUAUCUGCGAUAUGUGGAAGAAUUGAUCGACUUCCCUAUUCCUUAUUGGAAUGGAUAUGCGAAAGAAGCUGCAUGUGCAACAUCCAAGUUCGCUGGAAUUCCUCCAAUGUUCCUUGAGCAGACCUAUCAACACCCGGGAGGCGAAACCAGACCGAAUCCGCUUCGCUUUGCCAAAGCCUUGGACGGAAAGUCAAAAGAUGGACCGGGUAAUUUUAGUACCGUGACGCGGAAUCCAAUAUUGACGCAAGGCCCAACAGCUCCUGGUUGGAAAGAAAAAAUUGAACUAUUCAAAAUUUACCAUGAGCAAAUAUCCCAUGCCCUGCAGCAAUCAACCUAUACAACAUCAGAAUCAGCUCAGCACUUCGGAAAACCGUGGGCAAAUAUUGUUGAUUUCAGCGACAAGCAGCCUGAUGAAGACUAUCCGUUUCGUUUCGACUUUGAUGGUCUGUUUGAGCAAGUUCACGACAACUUUCAUGGCUGGGUUGGCAACGACAUGGCCGACAACACUUAUACUGCUUUCGACCCCAUCUUCUUAUCCUAUCACGCCAACAUGGAUCGACUGGCCGGUGUUUUCAUGGACGCAAACCCAGAGAACCAAUUCACUUCUCGGUUUCCACUGCAGCCUUUUAUCAACAAUGGGACCAGCGUCAACUAUGAUGACACGCGCCGCUGGCACUAUACCACUAUUGGUGAUAUGGCCAAAGACACACGUGCAUUAGGCUACAUGUAUGGCGAGCCUGCAAGCUCUGAUUUUUCCACAAUCAAAACAGCUGAAGAGAAAGGUAUUCGUUCUGCUGUAUCAAGUGGGGGACAAGCUAUUGUCCUGCCGUGUGGUUUGCCGGGUAAGAAGAAAGAUUCUUUCGACAUUGACUCUCCCGACAGUUCUGGCUCAAAGAGGCUCGUUCCUUAUGUUGUCUUUACUGAAGUUGGUUGCACCGUAUCCAGCUAUAGGAUAGACAUUUUUACCCCUAAAACCAGUUCAACGUGUUCAGAUGCUAUGGGAAACCACGGUUUUAUCGGUCAGGUCACACGGCUAGGGAUGGGUCGAGGAAGAGAGGAUUCAGGACCGCCGAACAAAGGCAGAUGUCGCAAGCCAAGUGCAACUAGAGUUCUCCCCGCUGAGAGUUUCCAGGAUCAGCUCUCUCAAGGAGACAAGUUGAGGAUCAUUGUAACAGAUCUAGAGACAGGCAAAAAGGUUGAGGAAGGAGAGUAUAUGCAAAUGUCAGGGUUCGUUCCGAAGCUGGUAAGCCUCGCAGUUUCAUCGACAUUAACAAUGGCAACAUUGAAUUCUCUCAAGCGCGAUCUGAAGCAGCAGGCCGCAUCCCAUGGAUUAGUACAUGUAGCACCCCGGCCUUUAUCUGAUGCACAAUACAGCGCUGGCUUUAGUUUCUUCGAACCAAGUUCUAGAUGUACGGCAUACCGAGACUUCAUCCUCCCUCAACUAUGUCAGCUCCUCACCCCAAUUACUCGCCCGCGUUUGGGCAUCUCGGUUCUAGAGAUUGGACCUGGACCGCGGAGCGUGCUUGAAGAUCUGCCCCAUGAUAUGAAGCGAAAGAUCAAACGGUACACUGCUUUUGAGCCAAACAGUCUGUUUGCUUCGAGAUUAGAAGCAGGCCUUCUAUCAACUGAGGAGGCUGCCCUGCCAUGUCUUGAGACGGGCCCCGACAUUAGGAAGGCUCCAUUCGAUCCUGAGAAUUCAGUCAAGGCCCUGGGAGACGAUAAGUUUGAUAUCGUUCUGUUUUGUCACAGCAUGUACGGCAUGACCCCUAAAGAGGACUAUAUCUGUGCCGCACUUGGUCUUCUCGACGAACACACAGCAAACAGCAGAGCCAUACUUUUCCAUAGAGAUGGCCCGCUCGGCCUGGCUAGUCUGGUCCCUCAUCUAACCUCCAACUUCCCGACCGGUAAAGUUCGCGUAGCAGACACCAACGAUUCGCUCAACUCUUUCGCCUCAUUCAUUGCAGGCUUUGUACCAAAGUCUGACAAAGUUCUACAAGAAUGGCGGGAAAAUUGCCGCGCAGUCGGCCGCCGCGACAUUGACGACCUCGUUUUCGCUGCGCCUGAUAUCAUGAUGACCUUCUCGCGACACUCGACCGCGCUACCAGAAUUGACUUCACAAUUGCCGGUAACUGCUGGGGACGUGCAUGUCAAGAAUCGGGAAGCUCGUCUCUAUUGUCCCGCCUCUAUGAUCAGACCAGGACACAUUCAUCAAGUUCAGGAGUGUGUUCGAUGGGCUUUGGAGCACCGAACUGCGUUGACAGUCGUGGGUGGUGGACACAGCGGUCAUUGCGUCUGGCCUCAAACUGUCGCCAUUGACAUGAGCGCCUUCAAUCAUGUCCAUGUUGUUACAGGGGAAGCCGGACGCCUGGUCAUGGCCGGUGCCGGUAGCAAGACGGGAGACAUCAUCCGCGAGACCAUGGCAAAGGGGCUCACUGUGCCUCUGGGGUCUCGGCCAAGUGUUGGAGCAGGCUUGUGGCUUCAGGGCGGCAUCGGACAUCUGUCCAGGCUUCACGGGCUCGCUUGUGACGCUAUUGUCGGUGCGCUUGUCGUCAGCGUCAACUCGGCAAAGAUUCUAUGCAUCGGUCAUGUACCUGCGCAACACCAGCCAAUCGGUGCCAUACGCCCAGAGAACGAGGAAGAACUGCUAUGGGCUGUCAAAGGAGCGGGAACCAACUUUGGGAUCGUCAUUAGCGUUGUUUUUGCGGCACAGCCGGCCCCAGCGUUCUUGGUCAGGAACUGGGUCAUACCGCUGCGUGACGGCGAUGAGGCGCAACGCAAGCUUGCCGAGUUUGACCGGGAUAUUGCCAGUCAACUUUCUCGGCAUAACUCUGCUGACGCUUAUCUAUACUGGGACACUGGAAAACUCCAUCUCGGCGUUACCAUGUACGAAGCUUCGACUGCUGGGGAAGUGCCUAGAACACCCAUGCCUAUCCCUACACCCGUGGCCACGAUUCUGGGUCCGGAGCACAACAUCAAGAUCGUUGACAGCGUCAGCCUCUUUGAGACUGAGAUGUACAUGUCAGGUAUGCACGGCGGUCACGCUGGAGGCAAGACAUCUUCCUUCAAACGCUGCCUAUUCCUCAAGGAUAUCGGAAGUGCCAUGGUUGCAAACGCGUUAGCAUCAGCCGUCCGGACUCGCCCCUCUCCGCUCAGUUACCUUCACCUCCUCCAAGGCGGCGGAGCAAUCCGUGACGUGCCGGUAUCAGCCACCGCCUUCGGCUGCCGUGACUGGGAUUUUGCCUGCGUCAUCACCGGUGUCUGGCCCCGCGAGCAAGACGGAUCUGUUGCUGCCCGGGUGGCGAUGGAGUGGGUCUACACCGUCGCCGAGACCUUGCUACCGCUCAGUACCGGAGUUUACGGUGCCGACCUUGGACCGGAUCCCCGGGAUGCAACGCUGGCAGCUAGAGCCUUCGGUUCAAACGGUCCUCGUCUAGCUCGCCUCAAAUGUCUUGCAGAUCCACGUCGUGUACUUGCUUACACCUGCCCUCUCCCACUGCGACCAACUGAACCAGGCCUCAUUAUCGCGGUUACUGGGGACAGCUGUGCCGGCAAAGACUACUGCGCUAAGAUCUGGGGUGACUUUUUCAACCGAUGUGGCAACAUUGCGCGUGUUGCCAGUAUAAGCGAUUCCAUCAAGCGAGAGUUCUCGGCGGUUGCGGGUGUGGACUUAGAUCGAUUGCUCAGCGACCGAGAGUAUAAGGAGAAGCACCGGCCGGGCUUGACGGCGUUCUUCCAUGAUCGCGUACGUGAAAACUCUCAUCUACCAGUGGAUAACUUCCUAAACGUUGUCUACGGCGCUGCUAGUGCGGAUGUACUGCUCAUUACAGGCAUGAGGGAUGAGGCACCUGUCGCAACUUUGGGCCACCUCGUGCCGAAUAGCAGACUUAUUGAGGUUCGGAUCAGCGCAGGAUCUAGUGUCAAACAACUUCGGCAAGGAUUCUGCAAUGACACAGAAGGUCGCGAUGGUUCACAGAAGGAGGAUGGCAAGCGAGCAACGCGUGUAAGGGACUGCAGGCCCAACUUGUCUUUCCACAACAACAUCGCGGGAAGUGACAAUGUGAGAGCCUUCGCAGAGAAUCGUCUCUUUCCAUUCAUACAUCAAGACCUAAAACGGCUAAGCGAUAUGGUGCGUAUCAUACCAGACUUCCCAAGUCCUGGCAUCGACUUUCGCCACAUCCUCGACAUUGCCCAGACACCGGGUGGUCUGGCAUUAUGCACCUCUCUCUUCCAGUCUCACUUCACGGGAAUUUGGUCAAAUGUCAACGCCAUUAUCAGCUGCGAGGCGGGCGGCUUCAUCUUUGCGUCAGCACUGGCGUUACAGGUUGGUCUACCCUUGGUCCCGAUCCGAGAGGCCGGCAAGCUACCGCCGCCGGUUGUUUCUGUCGCCAAGUCUGUGUCCCACAUCUCAUCGGGGCCGAACAUGCUAGGAGGGAGAAGAUUUGAGAUGAAUCAAGAUGUGAUUCGGAGUGCAACGUCAGUUCUGAUUGUGGAUGACGUGUUCGCGUCUGGAGAAACAGUGUACGCGGUUCUAGAGCUGUUAAAAAAAGCAGGAAUAGAGGCUGAGAGAACCAGUGUGAUGACUGUGGCUGAGUUCCCAUGCCAUCGUGGCAGGCAAAUGUUACGUAGUCGUGGGUUUGGACGAGUUAGUGUUCAGAGCCUCUUAAUUUAUGAAGGGCUCUGA